AUGAAAGCUGUUGCAGCCCUGUCAUGCGUGGCCGUUGCCAACGCGUUUAUUCUCCCUGACCCCAAGAUUUUCGAGCAAGCGGCCAUUAAGAAUGAGGACCACGCCGAUCGAGCUUCCUGGUGGGACCGCGUGCCGUCCAAGGAUUCCAUUGUGAAUACCGUCGAGGAUGGCAUCGAUUCCCUGUCUGCACGCAUUGAGGAUGCACUCCAUUCUUUCGAGGACACCGUCGAGAACAAAUUUGAUCACCUUUUCGAGGAGGAGAUUUUCAACGAGCCCAAGAUAUCCGACAAGAGCAUCUACGAGCUUAUUUCAAAGAGUGAGCACACCACAGAGUUCGCCAAGCUUGUCAACGAUUACGAGGAUAUUGUCAACAUCUUGAAGAGCACCGAGGCGAACCAUACACUCUUCGUACCAACGAACCGCGCCUUCGAGCACCUCCCCAAGCACAAGAAGCCGAGCAAGGAAGUGAUUGAGGCCAUUCUCAAGUACCACGUUGGAAUCGGCGACUACGAUGCGAAGAGGGUCCUCCGCACCCACACGCUCCCCACGUUGCUCAACGAGAAGUGGCUCGGCGACAAGCCCCAGCGUCUUCGCACCAGUGUCGGCCUCGGAGGCGUGCGCGUCAACUUCUACGCCCGGGUCGUUGCAGUCAACAUUCAUGCCAAGAACGGAAUUAUCCACGCCGUGAACAGCCUGAUCAUCCCGCCGCCCCUGGUCGGCCGUGAACUUACUCUUCUCCCCAGCCAGUUCUCCACGCUGUUGCUGGCGUACGAGAAGACCAACUUUGUCAAGUACAUCCACGGCGUCAAAUCUACCGGCACCACCGUCUUCGCUCCCUCCAACAACGCCUUCGCCCGCCUCGGACCCAAGGCCAAUGCCUUCUUGUUCAACACCAACAUUGGCCUGAAGUACCUGAAGGCCCUGCUCAAGUACCAGAUCGUGGGCAACGCGACUCUGUACAGUGAUGCGCUGUACCGCCCUGAUGAGAAGAAUGAUGUCGACACUAUGGGGCACUACCACGUUGACCUCCCCACUCUGCUGGGCAAGAACAUCGCCGUCGAUGUCGCCACUUGGGGCGGCUGGACUAAAAUCAAGCUCAAUGGCUAUAUCCCCAUUGUUGUCGCUGAUGGCAUCGCCAAGAACGGUGUCAUCCAUGUUCCCGGUCGUGUCCCCAUCCCUCCCCACAAGCACAAGGUUGACUACGUCGAUGGCGAGAUUGAGGUCGAGGACUUGAAGGAGAGAUUGGCCGAAUAUGUCAACGAGGAGGAAAACGAUGCGAACUGGCUUGGCGAAGAGUUGUAG